AUGCCCUCUAAAUCCUCCUCCCCACAGUCAAAUUCCGCCCGCAAGAACUCCUGCGGUUGCUGCUGCUUCUCCGUGCGCAAACUCGGUUUCCUCGCGGUCUUCGUGGCCAUCUUCGCUGCGCUGUACAGCUACCUCGAUGCUCGUCUUGAGCAAUUCUACAUCUUCAAUCCCGAACAACUGCACGAUCUCUCCCAGCGCGCCGUCCAGGCUCAUGGCAACGACACCCGUGCGAUGGUCGACUUCAUCGUCGCCGAGCUGGACCAGAAGAUCCCCGGAAACCACUUGAACAAGAACGAGGAAUGGAUUUUCAACAAUGCUGGCGGUGCUAUGGGUGCCAUGUACAUCAUUCAUGCUAGUAUCACCGAAUACUUGAUCAUCUUCGGCACCGCGAUUGGCACCGAGGGCCACACCGGCCGCCACACCGCCGAUGACUACUUCAACAUCCUUCAGGGAACCCAGGUCGCUUUCGUUCCCGGCACUUUCGAGCCCGAGGUCUACCCCCCUGGCACCGUCCACCACCUCCGCCGCGGCGAGGUCAAGCAAUACAAGAUGGAGCAGUCCUGCUUUGCCCUCGAGUACGCCCGUGGUUGGAUCCCUCCCAUGCUUUUCUUCGGUUACGCCGAUACUUUCUCCAGCACCCUUGACUUCCCUACCCUGUGGGCCACGACGAGAGUCACAGGUCGCGAAAUGAUCACGAAUCUGCUGCGCCGGAAGGUUUAA